CAACUUUCUCUCAACAAAGGUCUAUGUUUAUUCAUCAAGUGGUCUCAGCUGGCCUGUGUAGGGUAGGGUCCGGCCAAGGUCACAGUGAUGCAGGCUGGCCAAAGGAGACAGUGGACCUGGCAACCCACAGCCUAGUAAAUUUACAAACAGGUGGUGAAAAUAGAAUUCUGUUCUUUUUUAAUUGUUCUUUCCUCAUUGCCUCCCUUAAUUGCUGCUUUUCUGAAAGGUCGGUUUUGUUUUCUUUAGGAAAAGGAGUCUUUCUUUCCUCUCCCAAAUACUAAGUUGAUGCCCUUCCCUAGAAGUCUUCCCAUUAAUUAAGUUGGCCUGAAGGUCAUAAGCCAUAAUCAAUAUGGAGGCCGGUUGCUGCAAGGUGCUAAUUGACAUCCCCAAAGAGGAAUAGUGUCAACAAUCAAUAGAGAAGAGCAGAGCACGGGGAGAUUUAUGGCUUUGAUUUUGAAAAGCCUCUCCAGGGUGCAACCACCAUGAUCUCAGCAGUCUGAUGAUGGAAAAGAAAGAACCUGGGAGAUCCUGUGCUCCAGUUUCCCUGGACGAUGGAGGGAGGACACCCCGUCCCUUCACCUCUGGUGCCCCUUGGGAAUGUGUCGUCAGAUUCUAGCAUGUCUCUGGAGCAGAAAACCACAUUUGUUUUUGUGAUUUUGUUGUUUAUUUUCUUGGGCAUCCUCAUCGUGAGGUGCUUCCGGAUUCUUCUGGACCCGUAUCGGAGCAUGCCGACUUCAACCUGGGCCGACGGACUUGAAGGCCUGGAGAAAGGGCAGUUUGACCAUGCCCUUGCCUAGCGGGACAGGAGCAGGUGCUGCUUCUGAGGAGGAGAAGUGAUUCAUGUCUUCACAAGGGAUUCUCUUCCAUCAACAUUCUCAGCAACUCAAGUUUUAACCAUAUCUGGUUCUAGGACCACAAUCCAUUUAUUUGGUAGACAUUUAAGGAUAUUGGAAAUGGAGAUUUCUAUUACUAACUGAAAUAGGAAAGUUUGAAUUUCUAUAUUUACUCAAUGAAUGAAUGUUGUUGAAAGCAUGUGAUGGUGAAACCAAGAGCAACAAUAGUGACUUUGCCUAAAAUGAAGCACUGUCAGACCUGACCAGAGUAUAAGGAUUAGAAAGGAUUUGAUCUGAAUCUGAUGACAGGGCCAAGAAGAGGCUUCCUCACUCUAAUUCUGUCUCCCAGUUUUGUUCUAUUUUCAUGGGAAUCUGGGUGCUGGGCAGAGAAUGAGGAAGAUUGUGCUGAGUGGCCUCAGCACAGGUACUUGUCUUCUCCUACAGCAAAGAGCACUGGGAGGCAAUGGGAGGGCUUCGAAGAGGUGGUUCUAUCCCUGGAAAACAUGAGUGAGGAUGAUAUCACUUUAUUUUUCCAAUAAAACUGAUUUCAAAAGCUUACGAAGGUUUUAAAACUAUUUACCAGGCCAAGUGCAUUCUAGGUAUUCAUAUUAGUAACAUGUGUAGAGGUAGCUAUGCAUAACAUUGAAUUUACUGUCUUUGCACAAUUGAUUGAAAUAAUAGGUUGCAAAUGCCGCUUCAAGUUGUUUUGUUUCAAAUAAAAAGUUAAUUGUUUAGAGAAGACUUUUACAGUCUUCAGAGGAAUGUGUGUAUAUGGCUGAAUACAGAAACUAAAUAAAACUGUUCAAGAAACA